AUGUCUGUAGAAGAAGGCGUAGCCAAGUUGGCUGUGACUGACGAAGUUGAACAAAAGGUUACUCCCUGGGAAGUGGAAGGUGCUGUGGUCGAUGGAAAGGCUCAGGGCAUUGACUAUGAUAGAUUGAUUCAACAAUUCGGCACUAAAGCCAUUACUGGUGAAACUUUAAGUCGUUUCCAAGCAGUUACUGGUCAAGAGCCUCAUCCUUUCUUAAAGAGAGGCGUUUUCUUUUCAGAAAGAGACUUGACGAAGAUCUUGAACUUGUACGAGGCUGGUGAACCUUUCUUCUUGUAUACUGGAAGAGGUCCCUCAUCUGACUCGAUGCAUUUGGGCCAUAUGAUUCCUUUUGUAUUCACCAAAUGGUUGCAAGAUGUAUUUGACGUUCCUUUAGUCAUUGAGUUGACUGACGACGAGAAGUUUUUAUUCAAGCCCAAGUUGACUAUUCAAGAUGUCAAGGGAUUUGCUGUAGAUAAUUGCAAGGACAUCAUCGCAGUGGGAUUCAAGCCUGAGAACACAUUUAUCUUUUCGGACUUGGAAUAUAUGGGGGGAGCCUUCUACGAAAACGUCGUGAGAACUUCCAGACAGAUCACCACGUCUACUGCUAAAGCCGUAUUUGGCUUCCAAGACUCUGACUGUAUUGGAAAAGUGCACUUUGCCAGUAUCCAGAUCGCUACGGCUUUCCCAUCUUCUUUCCCUGAUAUCUUAGGUUUACCGGCCAAGACUCCCUGCUUGAUUCCCUGUGCCAUCGACCAAGAUCCGUACUUUAGAGUUUGCAGAGAUGUAGCUGAUAAGUUGAAAUUCGCCAAACCAGCCUUGAUCCACGCCAAAUUCUUUCCAGCUUUGCAAGGAGCCACUACCAAGAUGUCUGCUUCUGAUACCACAACUUCGAUUUUUAUGACGGAUACUGCCAACCAGAUCAAGAAGAAGAUCAACAAGUACGCUUUCUCCGGUGGUCAACAAACUCUCGAAGACCAUAGAAAAUUGGGAGGCAAUCCGGAAGUCGACGUAGCCUACCAGUACUUAUCAUUCUUCUCUGAAGAUGACGAAAAGUUGAAGACCUUGGCCGAUGGUUACAGAAAGGGAGAAGUUUUGUCUGGUGAAAUGAAGCAAGAGUGUAUCACUGUCUUGCAAGAUUUUGUAAAGGCAUACCAAGAGAGAAGAGGCAAGGUUGACCAAGCCACUGUUGACUCGUUCAUGAAGCCACACAAGUUAGUGUUUGGCCAGAAAGAAAGACUCGUCCCAGUCAAACCUAAAGAAUCUAAGGAGAAGAAGUAG